CACAAGGGGAAGUUUGAGAAAAUUCCGGUUCUGUACUGGAUUUGAGGACCUCUACUGCAAUCCCAGUACAAUUUCGAAUCUGAUCUCAGUUGACAAGUGACGCUCGAGUUGAGAGUGCAAAACCUUCAAUUUCAAGAGCAAGUGAUGAAGUGCGCGAGAGUGUUUUAUUUUUGUUUAUUUAACACAAGAGAGAGAAAACAUUAAAGGAAUACAAAGAAAUGAAAAUAGCACUUGAGAAUUCACUUCAUUCAGUAGAGAAAGAAGUUUCCGACAGGGCUAAAAUGAGUGCUUCGUGGAUAAAACAAAACAUGCUCGGAAGUCCGCCCAAAAGAACUUUAACAGAGGUGGAAAUGAGGGUUAAGCGUGCCACACAGAAACUCGAUAUCCCAGAAUGGUACCUCAAUAAACAGUCAAAAGCACCAAAAAUUCUAAAAAACAACACCGUUGUAGACUACAGACAACCUUUAUGGAAACGAGGUGUAAAGCCAGACAUAAUAUCAACAAGUUAUUUGCACGAAAAUUCCUCUGAGCCCACUGGAAUUUACAAAAAUAGUAAUAGAUUUAGAAGUUUAAUGAACGAUUCAUCACUUUCUGGAUCAUACGGUACUCCUAGAAUGUUUGACAAUUCGGUAGAAGAAACUUCAAUGUCUUCUACCGCCGAAAUUUCCGAAGAAGACCAAUCAGCCAUGGAAAAUUCGGAGUGGAUCAAACUUCACGAAUCUAUUGAAACUACUCCAAAGCUGAACACAACCUACGUCAAACCUUUAAGGCCAAAAUUUUUCUCAAAUAAGAGUGGUACCUUUCCAAAGGUUUCACCUUCCCGAAAAGUAAAAAAUAUCAACAUUGUUUUUCCUACAAAAUCGAAUUUUCCAAUAUUGAAUUCUCCAACAUUGAAUUCUCCUACAUUGAAUUCUCCUACAUUGAAUUCUCCACCAUUGACUUCGCCCACACUGAAUUCUCCAGUACCGAGUCUUCCAAAAUCAAAACUACCGCCUAUGCCUUUGGAGACAAGCUUUGAUAUUUAUGACAACUCGAUUGUGACUUACGAUGCCAGCAUAUUCAACCAAACUAUUCAGAGUUCGAUCGGCAAUAUUCUUUCUAAGGAUGAUGAAUUUAAUACGCUGACAAAAGGAAAAAAAUUGACACCAACUUCUUGCUUCAAAACAAGUUUUGCCAAUGCAAUUUCACCAAAACCUUUUUCGAAGCAAAUAGGCACGCCUUUUCAGACUCCAGUUUCUAAUUUCAAUAUUCGAGCGCAUUCAACUGCAAAUGGAACUGAGCGAACAUUGUUUACUAGUGCGUUGGAUAAACCAACUCCCUCCCCGAGAAACUCCACAGUCCGUCGAAAAUCAGAACGUGUUUUAAAUUUUUCUUCGGAUUCAAUUUCGCACAACAUAUAUUCAGACCGAAAACAAUCGAUUUACUGGCUUGGAGAGGUUGAGCCCUACGGGCCUGAAUUUCCAAAAACUUGCUGCCACGAAUGUGGAGCGCAAGCUCCCAGAAUUUUUGCCGCAGUUACCACAGCGAGUCCAAACAAUUCAAAGAACAUAUCAAAUGAACUUUCAAAUAUCAUCAAGACGAAACAAGUGCAGCACGGCAAAAAUUUAGCUCAGGAAAUCAUCGAGGAAUUCAAGGAGAAGUGCUCGCUCAAGUCGAAGACUUCUUCACCUGGAACGAAAAAUUUCGUCAAUCGUUUGGUCAACGACUUGGGUGGAAAUAUUACUGAAGUUUCUGAAAUUCCGGAUGAGUCACAGGCUGAAACAGAUUAUUUUGAUUCAGAUGUGAAUGGAAGCAGCAGUAAUGAGGAACUGAAUUCAGCGGAAUUCUCGACUUCAAUAUCAUUAAAGGACUCUGAUUCCGAAGGUGAAUGUGCACCUCCAGUCACCUCAACUUUGAAAAGCAAUGUUGACAAGUCUCGUUUCAAUAAACAACCAAUUAGAACUGACUCUACUCCAUUUGAAGAAGAUGGAGUUUUCUGGAUUCCGGUAACACUUUUCAACUGCCCAAGAACAAGCACGAUGCCGAAGCGUUUCGGAAGUCGAGACCGACCAUCUUCCAUCAGUCCAAUUACUGUCCUGAGCGAUAUUAAUCAAGCUGACAAGAGGAUUUAUCAGAAUUUCUAUGAAGUAUCCGAUUAUAAGCAAACGGAAAUAACGAAGUCUGUGAAAACUAAAAAAGGUCGCAUCUUGGAUUCUGGAUACUCGGAUUGGUCCAACGUGAACUUUGUUGGAAGUGACUCAUCUACGUCUGAUGGAUCAUGGUCUGAAGACUUUGAUUCUUCACUGGCUGAAAGCAAGCAUUCCUUUUCUGUAAAGCCAAUUAGCGAUAAGGUAUUUCAGGGGAAAAAGAGCGGAGUUUACGUGCGUUAAAUUUGUUAACGAAAUCAGGUAUAAUAUAGAGAUUCGGACUGAAAAUUCUUAACGAAAUUGUAAAAUUUGGGACUGAAAGGUUGACUGUUUGUGGUCCCAUUUAAAUUCAGGGUUGAAACUGCAAUAACACUAAUACGAGAAAUGGUAAACAACGAACGUUUUCUUAAGAAAUUGAAAGAUAUUUAUUGUGAACCAAAUCUAAAUUUUGUGAGUCUACUUUCACGUUUUUCAAGUUUCGUUUACUUUUACUUUGUUUUAUAACAAUGGGGGUUAAUUUAUAAUUAUUCAAAAAAUAUUUCCUUCUAAUUAUUACUAUUAGAGAUUUUACUAUUAGUAUUGACUUGUGAUGAAUUGAUCGUGAUCUUAAUCCACUAAGCUUUAUUAUUAAUUUUAUAUCUACCCCAUCAAUUUAAGACAUCGAUUAUGGAUUAUUUUUUUUUUACAAAUAAUAACCAUACAUUUGACAUCGAUGACACGACUUUUUAAAGACAUUUUUUUGUCUUUUAUGAAGGAUAGGUCUAUUAUUUUAUAUUUUCUACACGAGACUUUCUACCUGCUAUUUAUCAAUAUAUAGUAACGGUUAGAGAGUUCUUAUUUCGAAGUGCAAAUUCACUUUAGAAAUUUUAUCUUUUGUCCUAAAUUAUUUUUAUUUUUAGUAAAAGAGUAAAUAUAUUUUUUCCACUUGUAGAAAAAGAUAAUCAUGCAAACGUCUAAAAAUAUUUAAUGAAAUACUUUUUCGCAUGAGAGGUUAAGAUGCGCAAUAUCCAUAAUAACUAAAAUAAAAUAAAAUUUUAUAAUUACAAAAGCAAUUUAUCAGUUGAAUAAAUUAUUAAUUAUCCAGA